AUGCCCAAUACCCCGAAGUCACUUGCAAUUCUCAAAGGUUUUUAUGCACUUAUGUCAAAUGUCAAGGAAACACACAAAAGGAAAAAUCCAGAAUGUGACAAGCAAUACAGAUCAUUUGAUACACCUUCAUCAAGACCAAUAAAAAAAGUAAAGAACAUGAUGAUCAUUAAAUUGUGGGAAUUUUUGAUCAGAGUGAUGUAA